AUGGGAACGUAUUAUAAACACGGAAGUGAAGCAAAGGUCGUACAAGUCGCUAAGCUUAACGUAAAGGAUCAAUGGCUUCUGGAGAACGCAAGAAAUUCAGAACGAGUCGAAAUGAAUCAGCAGAACUAUGACUUAGAUAAG